AUGACCCCUCUGUGGAAAGGAACCACUCUGAUCUGGGCCAACAAGGUCCGCCUCGAGACAGACCUGAGAUUCACUGAGGACUUCCAGAACACCUUCAACACCACACUGCUGGCUGAGAUAGGACAAGUAAACAUAUUCAUGGCCACGUGUCGAGAAACAGAGGUGGAACCGGAGCUGGUCCGAGGAAUACAACAGGAAGAGGAGGAGUUGGAGGAAGAGGAGGAGGAAGAACGUGUCACAGAGUGUGUACAGGAGGAGGAAAAUGGUUUAGAGGAAGAGGAGGAAGAGGAGGAAGUGGUUGAGGCCGUUGAAACAACUGAGAAGGAGGUAGAAGACGAGACGCAGGAGGAGGGACCGAAAGAGGAUGAGGAGAACCAGGAAGACUCUGAGGAAUACAGAGACGUCGAAGAGCAGCACAUUUCUGCUGACCCUCGUUCUACCUCCCAAUCAGAGCUUGAGGGUCUUGGUGAGCGUUCAACCUACUGUAAAUAUAAGUUCUAAAAGGCCAGGAGGUGACAUUGAUCUUAUUGUGUUGUUGAAUUAGUUUAGUUUAUUGGGAUCCCCGUUAGCUACUGCAGCAGCUACUCUUCAUGGAUUGACUUGUGGUCUUCUUUGUGUUUCUUGUGCAGAGGAGGAAGACACUCAGGACUCAAAUGUCCAGCAGCAGGAGGAGAGACCAGUCUGGGUUGAGGAGGUUGUUGUGGAGGAAGACACUCAGGACUCAAAUGUCCAGCAGGAGAGACCAGUCUGGGUCGAGGAGUUUGUUGUGGAGGAAGAGAAAAGGUCAGAGAAGCAAGACAACAGUUUGGAGGAGGAGGAGGCUGAGGUAGGUGAUGACAGUAGCCAAGCAUGGGAGGAACAGACGUUGGAACGUACUGAUGAAGGAUAUGAGGAUGAUGAGGAAGCAGAACACACUAAGUCCCGCUGUAGCACCGAAGUGACUGACCAAGACAUUAUCGAGGAGUUGGACACCAAGGAAACCCAAGG